UACAACUACAAAAACAUGGCAUUUAUGUUGCAGGUGUUUCACUUUGAUGAUGUUUUGACUACUGCAACUCCAGGAACUGGAAGGAAUAGUCAAGAUGGCAGUGCUGAGUGUGAAGCUGAAGGAGCCCAUCACCAAGUUCAGGCACUCUUAUCGGCAAUUUACAAACCCAACUCAGAUUAUUCUCUAAGCAUUGCCAACAGGCUAUAUGUGGAGAUCACUUCUGAAUUUUGUAAGCAAUAUUUAAGUUGCACAAAGACACUGUAUCAUGCAGAGCUGGAAGAAGUUGACUUUAGGAAUGCUCCACACAAAGCCAGAAUAAAAAUUAACUCCUGGGUAGAAAAUAAGACAAAUGGUAAAAUCAAAGAAUUGUUCCCUUCUGAUGCCACUGAUGACAGAGUUGUCCUUGUGCUGGUUAAUGCUAUCUACUUCAAAGGAAAGUGGGCACUGGAAUUUGUGAAAGAAAAGACCAAGGAAACAGCUUUCAGGGUGAACAAGAAUGAGAUAAGAAGUGUGCAGAUGAUGUUUCUGAAUAGUACAUUCAAACUGGCCAUCAUAAAGGAACCUCAUCUUGAAGUGCUGGAGCUCCCAUAUAUUGACAAUGAAUUAAGUAUGUUUAUUCUUCUACCAAAAGACAUUGGUGAUAAUUCCACUGGCCUAGAACAGCUUGAAAGUGCACUCACUUAUGAGAAAUUAGCAGAAUGGAUCAGCUCAGCUAAUAUGAACAAACAAAAUGUGAAUGUGUAUCUGCCCCGGUUCAAAAUGGAGGAAGAUUACAACCUCAAGUCAAGUCUACAAGCUAUGGGAGUGCUAGAUGUGUUCAGUUUUAAAAAGUCUGAUUUAACAGGAAUGUCAAAGUCUGCUCAGCUGUAUGUGUCCAGAGCCCUCCAUAAGUCUUAUGUGGAUGUUAAUGAAGAGGGCACGGAAGCAAGUACAGGUACAGGGGUUGUGAUAAGUCGAAAAAGUGCUCAUGACUUCAAGGCUGACCACCCCUUUCUCUUCUUUAUCAAACACAAUGCAACCAACAGCAUUCUCUUUUAUGGUCGGUGCGCUUCACCCGUAAACUAGAAGACACUUAAGAAAUAGCAAGCCCCUUCCCCCCUCAGUGUCAAGGUAGAUCUUAAUAUUUACAUUUCAGAAAAAUGUGUUGAAAUCUAAAUGUUAAAAUCUAUUAAAGAUAUUUCUCUCUCUCUCUCAUCUUUACACUGGUUACAAUUUGACUACUCAGUGCAGCCAUUUGCAAACAUUAAGAGACAAAACCUAAGCUGCUUACUCUACAUUUACUCCACCUGUACUUAGGAAAACUGUCAUCCACUGCAAUGCUUUUUAGUUUGAGGAAGAACUGAAUAAAAGGGUCCAACCAAUGCCCCACUUUACCCGGGGUAGAUAUUUGCCUUAAUGACUGUACUAAUGAUCCAGGCCCAAACCAUCUGAAAACCUUAAGAUACAAAGUUCUAAGCAACAUCUCCCUCCAUUUCUUGGCAUUCUACCACUGUACCCAUGCUACCAGUGCUAUAAUAAGGAGUGAUUAGGAUCAUCCUUGUGGAAGAGGACAGCAGUAGUGGUAACAGAACAGGACUUCCCUUCCCAUUCUGCUCAUGAGGGGAAAUACCUGUGCAAAGGCGCCUCCUUCUCUUCCUCCUCCAUCUUUAUCAUGGAUCAGGAUUUAUAAUCUAGGUUUGAAUAAGGAUUUCUGGAUUUGGUCCAGUGAGACAUUUCCUGGUUUGAGUUAGUAAAUUCUUUGAUGGGUCAGGGUCUUCAGUGUUGAGAUUAUUGUGGGGCAUUUUGCAAAUAGUACUCUGAUUUCCUGGUAAAAUUCCAUGAAACAGAAUGCAGAUUUCAAGGUAGCUCAGAUUUCUUUCUGAUUGAGGCUGAACAGCAACUGGCUCUGAGUUGUCAUUUUAUAAAUUUCCAAAUGUAACUCUAAUCUAAAUUGCAGACAACUUGUCCACAUCCAAAAAUGCAGGGGCCCCUUAUUUGUACCUCAGGCAUUGCAAAGCUGCACCUUUUGCUUUGAGAAAGUAUUGCAGAAUUUGUAAAGCACUUUUCACUUUUCUGUAUUGGGUAUUGUGUCCAAAUAUGAAAUGUUUCCUGCUUAAAAAUGCUCUAUAUCUAUUUAGUCAUAUGUACCGAGUUUUGUGGAGGUUGUUUCAUGUUUAUUUCUAACAUAAUAAAAUAAAGAAAAUGCAGCCAUU